AGGCUCCCGCCAUCUAUGUUGCAAAAAAGAGUCAUUCAUGCAUCCAUUCAUCCAAUGCCCAAAAUGGCGCUGGCUAUGUCGUCCGCUCUCCGAGCAUCGUCCAUCAACAAUCAUGCGUUUACGCGUAUAUUAAGGAUUACGUGCAGCGUGAACGACUCCGCUCACGAGAAUGCUCGGCCAUUUGCAACGCAAAAGGUCAGGUCCGACAUAGCACUGCCUUCCGCACCCAAGCGCCCUCCCUCUGGCUACAUCCUCUUCCUAAACGAUACCAGGAAGGCCGUCAUGAAACAGAACCCCGCUCUCAAGCCCACUGAGGUAGUCAAAACGCUGGCAGAAAAAUGGAACAUGGCUGAUGAAAUUACGAAGAAGAAAUAUGAAACCCUCUCACGAGAGCGCAUGGAGGCGUUUGCCAAGGAAAAAGAGGCUUACACAUCGAGGCUCACUCCACAGCAGAAGGAAGCACUGGCAGAGCUGUCGCUAGACAAGAAACUUCGUGUGAGCAAGAAAAAACUGCAUGAGAAACUAAAGGAGUUGGACAGGCCCAAGGGUGCCAGGACAGCAUUUGUCCUUUUCUCCUCUGCCAUGAGGAAGCAGCUGCAGGACAAGACUCCAAAGCACGCAUUUGGCAGCAGUAUUGCUUCUUGGAUGCUUGGGAAAGCGCGUAGUGAGAGUACUGUCCUGACGGCACAGGAGAUGAUGAUCCACCUUGCCACUUUGUGGAAGCAGUUACCAGAAGACAAGAAACAGCCCUACCUGAAGCAAGCCGAGGGGGACCGUCAACGGUACACCCGGGAAAUGCAGGCCUGGACCAAGCGUCUGGAGGACCAAGGACAGCGGGACAUCCUGGAAGACUUGAAGCAGGACAUCAAGGAUAUUAGGAAGGGGAAGUACAGCCUUGAGCACAAGGUCAAGACAUAGCUGCAGACGCAUUGACAGCAGAAUGGUGGCUGAAGAUGAGGUUGCCUUCCUCUGCAAGAUUGAAUGCAAGAUUUUUUUUUUAAAACGAGAUAAAACGAGAAGUGUUUCAAGCUUGUAGCACUGAAGAAUAAGACUCCUGGUUAGCACUUUCAUUGUGUUUUGUGACUUUCUUUGAAAUUCUGAGAUGCAAGCAGCGCACUGUGUGUACGUUCUGUACUGAAGACUAAUUGAAGGUGGAAGGUUUGCAAAGGUAUUUUCACUGCCAUUUAUUUUCAUUGUGUUUGGUUGCUUAUAUUCCACCAAAUUGUGGAUUUUAUAAGAUGCUGAAUUACAAUCCUCAUCCUUACUCUGAAUGCCUUGCACUUACUACUUGUUUACAUUUUGUAUUAUAUGUAUAUCCAUCGGUGAGAAAUAAAGCAUUGAUGUGUUGA